AAUGAGCGAAAAAGAAGAACAGCCAAGCAAAAAUCCACAACAACAAGAGGAUGAGGCUGAUGAUGCAUCAUCAUAUGAUGAAGGUAGUGAAUCGGAUGAUGAGGAAACCAAAAAACAAGCUCUCGAAUAUGAAAGAUUGAGACAAGAAAAAAUUAAUAGAAAUCAACAAUUGUUGGAAACUCUAGGCUUAAAGCAAACCAUUGCUUUAUCAUUAACACCAACAAAACCAUCAAAUAGUAGCCAAGUAUUUGAUGAAGGAACCCCAUCACGUACAAGGAAAAGAAAAGAACCACCAGAAUCACUCAGAACCUCAUCACGUAUUUCUACCAACAAGAGAAAAUCCAACUAUAAGGAACAAGAAGAAAUUGGAGGAAAACAAUUGGAAGAAGAGAUUUUGGCUCUUGUUGUGAAGAGGUCCCAAGGAAAGAUUCAAAAACCAAAAUUCUUGGCUCAACUUCAUGACAGAUUUCCGAAGGAAAUUAUGAUUGAAAAACUAUUCAACCUUACCAAACCACAAUCCGAAGAAACUGUUGAAUACAUCAAUGAAUUCCUCAUACCAAUCAUGUACCAUGUAACUUAUGAAGAUGAAGAAUACCUGUCACACUUGUGUGAUGCCUCUGAAAAGGUCAUUAAGAACUUACUGACAGCCUAUAACUCUGCUGUAGCAAACAAUUAUACUAUGAAUUAUGCUCUUAUUAUUUCAGUUUUUACAAAUAUUACAAGUAGAAGCAAAAAGAGUAUUGUUAUUCAAAAUAUUGACCUCAUGUCUGCUAUUGAAAAUGAACAAGUUUCACUCCCUGAUUUCCUUUACCUUUUGAGAAAUAUUAUUCUCUCCGAUACAGGAAAGAAAAUCAAUGAAUGGUUCAAUAAGAAGAAGAAUAGACAAACCAUGUCUACUUUAAUUGCUUCUCUUUUUGAUAGAGUUGCAAAAGAGACGGAAAGGCAAGGUGAAUGCUAUUCUGUACUGAUUGAAGCUUGUGCCAUUCUCUCUAGAGAUCCUACUUCUUUACCAAUUGUUUCAGAAACAGUGACACCAGCCUCUAUUUUAUCAUAUAUUGAAACUAAAAUUGAUGAUCUAGUUCUAGUUUCAAACUCUGUACUAUCAGCCUUAUACAUGCUUUCUUAUAUUGAGCUAGAAAAUGAAAAGGAAGAGAAAAUUCUUCUACAAAUGGUCUUGGAUAAUUACGCCACUUUUGAUACUUGUAUUGAACAUGGUUUACCUUGGUUUGAUUUCAUUUUUAUUGAAAAAUUAUUGUCCUCAGAAAAAUCCAAUGUUGUCAUAAUGGGAAUUUUGGCAUUUGAGGGAUGUUACAAAUUUUUGGAUAAUACGUUCCACAUUUUGAAGGAAUUACUCUCCUCUGAAAAAGUUAAAGAAAUCGUUUCUCAGUCCACUGAACCAAAGAUAAAGAAGGUCUUUGGUGACUUGGUUGAUAAAGCAUCUACAGAGGAAAGUGAUGAUGAAGAGUCUAGCUAGAUAAAAAGAGUUUUUACUUUU